AUGCUGGGGAAGAGGGGCCAUCGAGAGUCACCCGGUCGCUGCUCCCACACCGCCCGAGCCGAGCUGUCCUUCUCCGUGAGCCACAUGGAGCGCCUCCUGCGGGAGGGCCACUAUGCCCAGCUCCUGAGCUCGUCCGCACCCGUCUACCUAGUGGCCAUCAUCCAGUACCUGGCGGCCAGGGUCCUGGAGCUGGCGCGCCAUGAGGCCCAGAACAGCGGCAGGAGGCGCCUCACUCCGGAGCUGGUGGACGUGGCGGCCCGCAGCAAUGCGCUGCUCAGCGAUUUGUUCAGGACUAUAGCACCAUCUCCCAGAACCCCGGACAGCGGGCCCCGCCCCGCCCCAGGGCCCCCGAUUUGCAUACACCACCCGCAGCCUGUCCCGGCCGGGCCUCCGUGCUUGCUAUUUUGCAUAUCACCAGGGCGACGAGAGCUCCGGGCGGCCGAGCCGGCGCGGUCGCGUGGUGGGCCGGAGCCCGUCGCAGGACACGUCUCAGCCCGCCGCCGUCGCCCAGCACGUGCGCCCACUUGCGUCAGCGCGCCCGGAAGUGCCUAA